AUGCCUCGUGCCACCAGAAAGGAAUUGGUGGAAGAGCUCCUGAUGACCUUUGGCGAAACAGCUCCAAAACAGUGGAGCAUCAUGGAGAUCGAGAGUCGCCUCUUGGAACUCAAGGAAGCCAACGGGAUGGUCACCCAGAAAGGGAAGGUACGGCCACCGAUGCGCCAUGCCAUGAUCGAACUGAACAAGGCCAGCAAGAAGAAGGCCGACCUGGUGGACUACGUGAACAACAAGCUCAUGGUGAAGACCCGCGGCACCAAGACCAUUCAGGAGCUGCAGCGCUUGGGCACCAAGAAGAUCUACCAGACCACAGCCGCCUCUCCGGAGGAUCCUGUGGGGUUCGGGGAACACUGCAGUCUGCAGUACCACGAGCUUCUAGCCCAACACCCACAGUAUGCCAGCUGGGUCGUGAAGACCGCCACCGAGGGGGAAUGCGACUACCGCCUGGCCCGUCUGGCCAAUUGGCUCCAGAGCCCAGAGGCACAGCAUCCGAUGCCGACCUACAAGCAGACCUCCAGCGGCUACAAGAACACAUCGACGCCGGCCAGCGGCUCGAAUGGCAAGACCGAGAACAUGAUGAUGCAGAUGAUGCAGAUGAUGCACGCCCUCAAGGAGGACGUGGACAAUCUGAAAGCCGAGAGGCCUCACAAGAAGGUCGAAGCAUCCAGUGUCUCCGAGAUGACAGAGUCAUCAACAGGUUCUUUUGUCGACAGUGAGCUCUGGAGGGGCUCAUGGGAAGCCUUACCUGAGCAAAAAGUAAGACACUUGUCCCAUUGCAGUGACAGAUUGAUUUCGAAUGCCUUCGAGGCCCUGCUAUCACACCAGCGCAUAGAGCUGCUGGAAGUGGCAUGUUCGGCCGACAGCGUGCUGUCUCGCACCAUGCAACAAAAGAAAGGUGACGAGGGUGUGGGCAUUUGUGAACAGGCUAUUCAGGGUACCAAGACUCUCAUGAACAAAAUAGCUGAAGAUGACCCAGAAGUCACCGCAGCAGAAGCUUUGGCUGAAGCCACUAGGACCUUUAAUAGCCGAGAACUGAUCCGAGGCUAUUCGCCCAUCCAACAUGCCCUUGGCUGUGCGCCUGAUGCUACCGGGCGACUUUUCCCUUGCGGCCCCAGUGAAUGUCCAGAGCUGCUGGUAGAGAACGCCUCUGGCGAGAUGGAUCGCCAGCUCCAGCGAAUGCAAAGUGCGGAAAAGGCCUUCCUAGAAUGGACGGCAAGCCAGAGACUCCAAAAAGCCAAGAACUCAAAACCCAGAGAUGUCACCAACUAUGAGCCAGGAGACCUAGUGUAUGUGUGGAGAAAGCAAGUGAGCGGCCAAGCAGCCAUUAAAGGUGGCUCGUUUGUGGGGCCAGCCCGCAUCCUGGCGGUGGAGCAACAUCGCUCUCCCGACGGGACCCACAAGCAGGGCAGCUCAAUUUGGUGCGUCAGAGGGAGAAGACUUCUCAAGUGCUCCCCAGAGCAACUACGUCGAGCCUCCGAGCGGGAGGUCCUCUUAGAAGAACUCCAUGCCAAGCAAUAUGAUGACUGGGACUUUGAUAGAGUAGCCCAACAACUUGGAGGGAACGAGUUUCUGGAUGUGUCCACCGAAGCCAACAGGGCGAUCCAGGAGUCCAACUUCCAGGCCUACGCCUUCUACAUCUUCAGGGGCACCCGUGUCACAGAGGAAGUGUUUGCAGCCACCGAGUGCACCUUCUGGAUGGAUGAGACCGCGGCCGUGGCCGUGGAGGUUCCCAUGCCAGACACACGUGCUGGAUCUGAACGAGCUCUUCGAGAUCUCCCUUCUUACUUUGCCAGUAGCUUGAAGAAACGGUCAGCAGUUGAAGUCUGUGAGCGUCACCUAUCUGAGGAAGAGCGACAACAGUUCCGAUCUGCAAAGGCCGUGGAAGUGAGUAACUUCAUAGCUGCCAAGGCUUUUGAAGCCCUUCCAGAGAAACUUCGCCCAGCACGCGAACAAGCAGUGAAGAUGCGUUGGAUACUGACAUGGAAGCAGAAGGAGGAUGGCAGCCGAAAGGCAAAAGCCAGAGCCGUUCUUUUAGGAUACCAAGAUCCCUGCUAUGAACAGAGAGCAACGACUUCUCCAACCACGACUCGCCAGACCAGGCAACUGCAGAUGCAAUUAGCCGCUUCAUGUCGCCACAAGAUGCGAAAAGGUGAUGUGACAGGUGCUUUCCUGCAAAGCAGGCCAUACCCUGAUGACCUUUUUUGUAUACCAUGCCCAGAGAUCUGUGAAAAGAUGGGACUCCCAGCAGAGUCAAUCACAAAAGUGAAGAAAGCCUGCUAUGGCUUAGUUGAUGAGUCUGAGAAAACACAACUUCGGGCCUUGCUGGGAGGGGUCUCAUGGCACGCACAACAAGUAGCGCCACACUUCAGUGCUGAAGUCGGCUUGCUGUUGUCAGAGGUGAACAAGAGUACUACCGAGACCAUUUACAAGGCUAACAGAAUCUGCCGCAGCCCCGGAGCAGCAGAAGCAGCAGCAGCAAACAACGGAGAAGAUCUCCUCUUUUUUGCGAGAUUCCAACUGGCAGAAAUGAUGGGAGCUCAAGUCAAUGUGAGAGACAUCAACAGUGUCGUCAACCAGAUCAGUGGAUGCCUGGUUACGGACUCCAGGAAUGUGUACGACAAGUUAGAGACCGAGGUCUUGUCCGUAAAGGGCGCUGAGAAGAGAACAGACCUGGAGUUACUCUCCUUGAAAUCUGCCCAGAUUCGCAAUGCUGUGGAGAUUAGGUGGGUUCAUAGUGAAGCCCAGCUAUCAAAUGGACUGACCAAGAGCAACGAGCACAAGCAACUGCACCUGUUCUACCGCAUGGGCCACAAGUGGCGCAUAGUCGAAGAUGAAGAAAGAGCGUCAGCUCGGAAAAGGAAACUGCUAGGCCUGGAGCCUCUUGAAAACAGAAAGAGUCAAGGGCCAGAAAUCAAGCCUGAGACACCAUGGAAACCCACGGAAUGA